GAGAAUGAAAAUCAAAAAAUGAAUUGUUUUUAGUCUCUCAAUUUUCAAACGAUAAAUAAAGUAGACCUUCAUAACCUAAUAGCAGUGUUAGAUUAAGCCAAACACAAAGCAUCCUCCAAGAGCUCAAAGAUUAACAUGGCAGAAACACUCCUUAAUUCUCAAGUAAAGAGGUGCGCAGUAGUUACCGGUGCCAAUAAGGGGGUUGGAUUGGAGAUUUGUAGGCAAUUAGCUUCUGGUGGGAUCUUUGUAAUAUUGACAUCCAGAGAUAGAAACCAGGGUCUUGAAGCUGUUGAAAAUCUGAAAAAAUCUGGACUCUCAAAUGUUGUUUUUCAUCAAGUUGAUGUCAUGAAUCAAAUUACUGUCUCAUCUUUGGCUGAAUUCAUUAAUAUCCAUUUUGGAAAGCUUGAUAUCCUGGUGAAUAAUGCUGGAAUCCUUGGAGCCAUAACGGAUGCUGCUAGUUUUACAACACUGGUGCAAGCUGUUGAGAUGGACAAGAACAAAGAAAAGCCGAAUUUGCAACAAGUGAUAACAGAGACGUAUGAAUCAACAGUUGAAUGCAUGCAAACAAAUUAUUAUGGUGUCAAAUCAGUCACCAAAUCACUUAUUCCUUUGCUUCAACUCUCUGAUUCACCAAGAAUUGUUAAUGUUUCCUCCGCCUUAGGAAAACUGAAGUUUAUCUCAAAUGAAAAGGCUUUGGAAAUACUUAAUGAUGGGGAUGGCUUAAAGGAAGAAAGUGUAGAUGAGAUAGUGAAUAUGUUUCUUAAGGAUUUCAAAAUGGAUAUUUUGGAAACUCAAGGAUGGCCUCCAUAUCUACCCGCUUAUACGAUCUCAAAAGUAUGUUUGAAUGCUUAUACAAGGAUAUUAGCAAGGAAAUUUCCAACUUUUCGCAUAAAUUGUGUAUCUCCUGGUUGGGUCAAGACAGAUAUUUGUUAUAAUUCAGGAGUUCUCACUACUACAGAAGGUGCAGAGAGAGUCAUAGAGUUGGCUCUUUUACCUAACGAUGGACCUUCUGGCCUCUUUUUUACCAACAAAGAAGUGACACCAUUCUGAACCGGAAUGCACAUAAGUAACAAGAAAGACAUCAUGUCCAAUAUUUUAGCUCUACUUAUCCAAUAAGCAUUACAUACUUUAUUUCAGCUCUACUCAUCCAAUAAGCAUUGCAUAUUUUAUAUUGGAGAAAAUGAGUUUUCAAUGCGGUUUUAACUUAUGAUUUUUGUUCUUGGAGGAACUAAUCUAAGGACAAUUUGUUGACCAAAUGGCUCUCUCCUCGUAUGAAAUUAUUCAUUUAACGAUGGUUGUUUCAUUGUUGCAA